AGACGAAAAGAAAGAGGGAAGGAGAGAGAGAGAGAGAGAGAGAGAAUUAAAAAAGAAAAAAAAAAUAUGUUAGAAAUGUAAGAGGAAUGAAGGGGCAUGAUACUCUCUUGAUAGCUCUCUCUCCAUAGAAUGAUGGUAUUCUGGCGCAGUCAAGAUGGCGUUCGAUCGAGAGGAAUAAGCUCACUAGAAAAAGUAUGUGGAAAAAAAUGCCGCGUAAAGGCAAGAGCGACGCGUGUGAACGUGCUUGAAGAAUCACUUUUGUCGUUUAAAGAUUUCGAUAACCUCGUGAUCGUCCGCCAUCCGAACGGGCCGAAUUUUAAAAUGCCGACGUGGAAGAGCUCGAACGUAAUUAGACGGGAUACCAGAUUCGUUUGCUGAUUCUCAAACGCGUUUGCCGGAGAACCGCGAUCGUCGAGAGAGCGGCGAACAACGACGCUAUGGCGUCCAUCGGAACCGUGUAUAAGGGAAUAGAAAAUUAUGAAUGAACAAUGUAAGAGACAAAUAUAAACAUCUCGGUUGUCACAGUGUUGUGUACAAAAGUGUUAAGACAUUCCAUGAUUUGGUAUGAUAUUUUGAGGGGAUAUAUAUAUAUAUCCUGAUUUACUAGAUUUUGCACAUCAUGUCUAAUAGUUUGGACAGCUUUUUAACGCGUAUUGGGGAUGUCACUAUUGAACGUGUGACACCUCGUGGGGGCCCUAAAUCUAAUGAAGCAACAGUUCAGAAUGAGCCUUCGACAAAUACAAAUAUGAAUAAUGCAGAACCACAGACGGCUAACGAGGAGAGCUCCGAAGAGUCCAGCGGGGAAUCAUCUGACGGGGAACAAGAAAAGAAGCAUGGUAGCUUGCAUACGGAAGAAAUAGAAGAAAUACGUUCAGAAGGUUCAGGGGACGACAUGGAUCUGGACGAAACAAUCGAUUCUCAAAUCGGUGUGAGGGUGGAUUCUGAGAGGCAAAGUCAUUGUCCACCCGAAGAAGAUGACGAAGAACCAGUUAAUAUUUUGGAUACUUUACCAUUGGAAGGUGCACCUAUUGAAGGGCAAGAGGUAUCUGAAGCUGACUUACUUGGAAAACCAAUUUCCAAAGAUACAGAUGAUGAAAGUAUGGACAAUGAGAAAGUAGAAUCUCAUUCUGGGGGAGAAGAUGAGGCGGAUGGUAACAAGAGGCACUUGGAUUCUGAACAUUCAGAAAAUGUUAAAAAGAAACAGAAAAAAGAUGAUGGUACUGAGGAAUCUACAUCGGAAUGUGAAACAAAAGCGGAAAAGAAAUUAGCAAAUAUGAGAAGAAAUAUCCGUGAAGUUAUGGAUGAAACUCAACUCGAUGAAGCUACAUUAUCAGCUCAACGACAAGAAAUGGAACGUUUGCGACGAGUACAAGAACAACAGAGGUUAAUUCGGGAAGUACAACGCCAAAUGGCAAUUAAUCGUCAAAAUAAUAAAACGCAAACGAGAGUAAUUAGUCUCUUGCAUGGUAAACAAAAUCAGGCAGGAACUACAAUCUCACAAUCAUCCUCUUCAUCGUUAUCUUCUCCAUCUACUCAAGUUCGUUUACCUAAUACUGUACUAUUGAAAGUAAAUUCAAGUUCAGGAACUGGAUCUCAAACGACUUCUAGUAUACAAUCUGGACAAAUGCAAAGAAAAUCGAUGGAAGGAACACGUUGGCAAAAAGGUAGAGGUGUUUAUCAAAAUGCUCAGACAUCUAUCUCACGAGUUCCAAAUCGUUCUGUUGGUCCAAAUAUGUUACAACAAAGAAUAAGAAUGAUGACACCUUCUGUAAGCAUUUCACCUGUUGUUCCUAAAAAGGAACCUCUCGAUAGACCAGAAUAUUAUUCAGAUUCUGAUAUAUCUGAUCUUGAAGCAGAUGAAGCACUACGUGAGAAACAUAUGCAUCUAGCGAGAAAAAUGUCAGGUAUUCCUAAAUCUCAAAAAGUAGCUAAAGGUAAAGAUGUAGUAACGAUAUCUAGUUCUAGCGAAAGCUCGGACGAUGAUUGUAUAGUACUAAGUGAUCCCAGUGGAGAAGAGGAAACUGACAAUGAAGAUGAUCCAUCUAAUUCAGGCAUGCAUACAAAUGAUAGAUACAACAUUCCAGAUGAACAUGGUAGAGUCUUAAUCAAUGUAGGGCAUCCUGAGACAGAGCCAGAUGUUUUCUUAGCUCCACAGGUGGCACGUAUUAUUAAACCACAUCAAAUCGGUGGUAUACGUUUUUUGUAUGAUAAUAUUGUUGAAAGCAUUGAAAGGUACAAAACCAGUUCUGGAUUUGGAUGUAUAUUGGCUCAUAGUAUGGGUUUGGGUAAAACACUUCAAGUAGCUAGUUUUUGUGACAUUUUUUUUCGGUGCACCACUGCCAAGACUGUGCUUUGCAUUAUGCCUAUUAAUACUUUACAAAACUGGUUGGCUGAAUUUAAUAUGUGGUUACCAUAUGAAGAUCCUACAUCCAUGGAAAAGAAAUUUACAAAUGUAAAAUCCGAAUCUGAAAUAGAAUCUAAGACAGAAAUUAAAGAAGAAUGUGGUAGCCAAAGUGAUAUGUCCAACAUAUCCAGGCCUAUAAGUACAGAGUCUGCUCAUCGUUAUGGACAAGAAAAUGUACCACAGUCUUUGAAUAUUAUACGAGAAAAUCCAUAUACUCAUCCAGUAUAUGAUAAUCAUGUGAUGUCGAAUUAUGUACAAGACAAUAUGUUAAACAAAACAAUACCAGAUCAUCAUGCACGCAUGAACGCAAAUUAUCCGGGUGAUAUUUCACAAUCUUCAAUAUAUAAUACUAAUCCAAAUUCCAUGCCUAAUUUUGAUCCCAUGAAAUCAGAAUUAAAUUGUCAUCCAAUGCAAGGUAGACCAAAUAUACCUCCACCAAAUAUACCACCAUUGAAUAUACCACCACCUAAUUUACCUCCAUCCAAUUUACCUCCAUCCAAUUUACCUCCACCCAAUUUGCCUCCACCCAAUUUACCUCCACCCAAUUUACCUCCACCUAAAUUUGGUAUGGAAAAUCCGAAUUCUAAUAUGUAUGCUAACAUGGAAAAUCUAUCACAAGGAACAAUGUACUCAGAUAUGGAGAAUAGAACUUCUGGGCCUAUAUAUCCGAAUAAUCACCAGUCCGGGCCAAUGUAUCCUAAUUACAAUAAUCCUCCAAAUACUUUUCCCAAUUAUACAAAUCAACCACGUCAAGAUUUGGAUCAUGAGCCAAAGAAAGAGGAGAAUAUUUUACAUCAAAAUGCAGAAGUUAAUGUUAAGAGAGAACCAGAAGAAACAAUAAAAAAAGAAGAAGGUGCGACGGCUAAAGAAGAAAUGGCAGAAGAUAAAAAGAAUAUAGAAAAAGUCAAAACACCCUAUAUGGUGGAUUCUCCUAUUGGUAUGGAAUUAAGACCAAGACAUUUUCGUUUACAUAUUUUAAAUGAUUCACACAAAACUAUGACAGCAAGGGCUAAAGUUAUUCAAGAAUGGCAAACGGGAGGUGGUGUUUUGUUAAUUGGAUAUGAAUUAUAUAGACAGUUAUCUAUGAAAAAGCCAAACAAAGCCAAGCGAAAACGUGGCCAGCCCUUUAAAGAUACAGUCGAUGUAGAAGAGGAAGACAAAAAUAAAGGUUUGCUGGAUGAGAUGCAUACUGCAUUAGUUAGUCCUGGACCAGACUUAGUUAUUUGUGAUGAAGGUCAUCGCAUUAAAAAUUCUCAUGCUAGUAUUAGUAUGGCUCUAAAACAAAUGCGUACGAAACGAAGAAUUGUAUUAACUGGUUAUCCAUUGCAAAAUAAUCUUCUUGAAUAUUGGUGCAUGGUUGACUUUGUAAGACCUAAUUAUUUAGGAACCAAAAGUGAAUUUUGUAAUAUGUUUGAAAGGCCAAUUCAAAAUGGUCAGUGCAUUGAUUCAACACCACAAGAUAUUCGCUUAAUGCGAUAUCGAGCUCAUGUAUUGCACGCUCUGUUAGAAGGUUUUGUACAGAGAAGAUCUCACUCUGUACUACAAGUAUCAUUACCACGUAAAGAGGAAUAUAUUCUUCUUGUUAGAAUGACACCGCAUCAACGUAAGCUCUAUGAUACUUUUAUGAAUCAAGUUGUUAAAACAAGAGCUGUUCCAAAUCCUUUAAAAGCUUUUGCUGUUUGUUGUAAAAUUUGGAAUCAUCCAGAUAUAUUAUAUUAUUUUCUUAGAAAACGUCAAGCAAAUGAAGAGGAUGAUUUAGACUUAGAAGAAACAAUAGGAGAGAAAUCAAUAACAGGUGGAAAGCGGUCAAAAGCUCGUCAGCCAAAAGGAGAAUCUAAAAAAGGGAAAAAAACUAAUGCAACUAUAAAAAAUAAGCCUGCAGCAAGUGUGCAACCUAAUCCUUCGUCCAAUGCAGAUAGUACAGAGGGAGACAGUACACAUUCUAAUACAAAACAGAAUAAUUAUACUAAUUAUUCAAUGUCUACAAAUAGUUCAGGAUAUUCAAAUUCUAUGUCACAAGCACCGUAUCCUGGGUAUCAAAAUUAUCGUUCGAACGAUCAAAAUACGUAUUACAGAAAUGAUAAUAAUCAUGGGGAAUAUAAUGAAUUUUACAAUAAUCAAGGUCAACAAAGGUAUGGAAAUCAACCUUUUCCAGCAUAUACUCAAAGUACUAAUUAUAAUUCUACGCAAGGAUACAACAAUCAGUCACAGAAUUAUAUACCACCAAAUGAUCAAUCUGUUAAUCAUCCUCAAAGAUAUCCUCCAGGACCACCUAAUUCAGAUUUUCGUCCUGAUCAAAAUCAAGGGAAUAAUUAUGAAACAUCGGGAAUAUAUCCACGUCAACCAUAUACGUAUCCGGAUCAAGGACGUAAUUAUGGAACAUCUGUAAAUCAAGGGCCUAACAAUUACUCUCAAGUCUCAAAUCAGACAUCUGCCUUUCAGGCUCAAUUACCCAAUCAAUCUAAUAAUAUACCUGUCCCUGAAUACUCACCUUAUGCUCCACAAAAUCAAGCUCCAAAUUAUGGUAAUGCUACUGGACAAACAAAUCCUAUGUAUACACGAAAUGAUAAUCAACCUUUGCAGACUUCUGCUUUAGGAUACACUCCUAAUCAACCAAAUCAGAAUACAGGACCUCCGCCACAAACAACAGGAUAUCUUUCAAAUCAACAAGGGCAAAAUCCACCACCUAAUCAAAGUCGUGGUUUUUCACCAAAUCAACAAAAUCAAAAUCUUGGAUUGCAAAAUUCAUCUCAUGCUUAUGGAAAUCAGCAAACUCAAGCAAUUCCACUUCAGAAUCAACCACAUGGCUAUCCAACACAAGUAAAUCCUAAUUCUACUCCACAAACACCUCUUAAUUUCAACCAACAAACUCCAAAUUCAAUACCACAAAAUCAGUCUCACGGAUAUAUGCCAAAUCAACAAAAUCAAGCUCCUAUUUCACAGAACCAAAUGCGUGGAUAUCCUCCAGCAUCGAAUCAAAUGAAUGUACCACAAAACACAACAUAUCCGCAAAGUCAAACAGCUCCCAGUUCUUCUAAUAUAUCGAAUCAAAUACAUGGCUAUUCGUCCGAUCAACAAGGUCCUAAUGCGAGUACAUCAAAUUCUAUGCAUGGAUAUCCUCAUCUAGUAUCAUCUUCAACUUCACAAAAUUCAUCUUCUACAUAUCCACCACCACAGCAAAAUCAACAAUCAGCUGCUCCACCUAAUCAGAAUCAUGGAUAUACUGCUAAUCAUCAAGGAUCAACACCACAAAACUCUACUCAUAGGUACAAUACAGCACAACAAGGACAAAUUUCGCAGCCUCCAAAUCAGACUUUAUCUUAUCCUCAAAAUCAACAGUCACAAAAUUCAACUUUAAAUCAAAAUGAUCAACUCUAUCCACGAAAUGAUAAUCAGCAGCAAUCGCAAAAUUAUACGUCAACGACAAGUGCACCACAUGAAUUUCCGAACGAUCGUCAAGGAGCAACUACAUCUUCAAAUUCUACAACCAAUUAUCCGCCUAAUCAAACACAAACACAAAAUCCUAUUUUGCCAACUUAUCCUUCUGAUGGUUCACAUCAAAGUCAAGUUGGACAAAUAAAAGGACCUGAUGACCCAUAUUGGCAACGUGAUUAUUCUGGACAACCAUUUCGAACGGAUCAAUGCAAUGAUUCAUAUUAUAGAGAUCCUAAUGCAAAUAGAUUUCAAAAUAAUUAUUUCCCUUCGCAAGGCUAUUCUAACCAGUCUUAUGAUUAUACAGGAAAUAAUAAUACUGAUGUAAGUUCUCGAUCUGAUGAUCCGAAAAGUUCUCAAGGAAAUAUGGGUCCUCAUAUACAGAAUACCGGUGGUUGUGAUAAGGGUAAUAAGGAUAUGCCACCUAAUAUAAUUCCAAAUCAGUCUAUGCAUCAGAAUAAUCUCUCCAAUAAAUCGAACUAUAACGCAGAAGCUAAUUGUCCAAAUUCUACAACUCCGGGAUCUAGAUCGGUACAAGGACUUGGGCCAUCUCACAGUCCUCGAUUAAGUCAGGCUGAUUUAUCUAAGGAAGAAGAAAAAGAUAAAGAAGAAUUAUUAGAAAAAGAUAAAGAUGAUAAGUCGGACGACGAAAUACUUACCAAGGAUGAAGAAAAAGAAUGCAAGAGUUCUCCAGGAGGAAAAGAAGAUCCUGGAAUACCAUAUGAUUGGGCGACAGAGUUAAUGAAAGGCUACGUACCUGGAUUGAUUGAUGCAUCCGCAAAAAUGACUCUUUUUUUCUGCAUAUUAGAAGAAGCGAUACGUUUAGGAGAUCGGGUCUUAGCGUUUUCCCAAUCAUUGUUUACAUUGAAUCUCAUAGAAGACUUUUUAGCCAGGAAUAGUUUGAAAUAUCCAGAUGGUCAAACAGAUGCCUGGAUUAAAAAUGUUAAUUAUUAUAGAUUAGAUGGAAGUACUAGUGCAUUAGAAAGAGAAAAACUUAUUAAUGAAUUUAAUAAUAAUCCAAAAAUACAUCUCUUUUUGGUGUCAACGCGUGCCGGUUCAUUGGGUAUCAAUCUUGUUGGAGCAAAUCGUGCAAUUGUAUUUGAUGCCUCUUGGAAUCCUUGUCAUGACACGCAAGCUGUUUGUAGAGUGUACAGAUAUGGGCAACAAAAGCCUUGCUUUGUUUAUCGGUUAGUCACGGACAAUUGCCUCGAGAGAAAGAUUUAUGAUAGACAAAUAAGCAAACAAGGAAUGGCUGAUCGUGUUGUAGAUCAGUGCAAUCCUGAUGCACAUCUCUCUCUUAAAGAUGCAACUACUUUGUCUUGGGAUUGGGAGGAAGAUAGUCAAGUACAAGACUUUUCUCAAACAAAGGACAGUUACUCAGACGAAGUUAUGCAUCGUGUAUUGGAAUGUCAUUCUUCUCUUCUUACCAAACAGCCAUUCCAUCAUGAAAGUCUUCUUGUAGAUCGAAAAGAUAAGAAACUUAGCCAAGCGGAAAAACGAUUGGCUCGUCGUGGUUAUGAACUUGAAAAAAUGGCUGCUAAUUGUUCUAGACCAAGUUAUAAUUAUGUUCCAGGAAAUACAGCAACCAGAGCAGGAGGUUUACAAAUUCGAGCUAUUCGUGGCGGUGACACUGGUACCACAUCAAAACCAGUUGCUUCUGUGAGACCAAUGCAACAACGUGGUGCUGAAAGUUUAGGCUCCCGAAGUGUUACUGGAAGUAGAUGGAUACCUGCGGAAGUAUGGCAGAGACAAGGAAUGAGCGCACAAGAGAUGACAUUACCUUUAGAUGUAGUUAUACCAACUAAUUCACCAGAUAAAGGAAGCAUUGUAUUGAAAGCAGGUCAACGCGUAAUGGUAUUAAAAAGUCCUAAAGGAAUUUAUAUGCAACUUGAAUCUGGUAAAAUCAUUGCUAUUAGAACUGCUCUUAAACUAAAUCAACAGAAACGAGAAGAAGAGCCUAAAAAGGGUCUAUCCUCUAUGGUUCAGAGGAACUCUAAACCUGAGGUUAGCUUCCCAUUAAGAAAUAAUUCAGCAAUUUCUAUAAUACCAAAAUCAUCAGCAGGCAAUCAGACUAGUGGACGUCCGUUCAAUAAAUCUGGAAGCGGACUUAAUUAUAAACCAUUUGCAGAUAAAGAAAUUUCUAAAAGACCAAAACCUGUUGCAACUGCAGCUGCUAAACCUUAUUUAAAUCAAGUUAAUUUAACUAAUCAGGUUUCAUUAUCAAGAUUACCAAAAGUCAAACAAGAGCCUGUUGAUCAUUCUACUCUUGGCGAAAAUUCUAAUUCUUCUGAUGGGCAAGUCAGAACAGAACAGAGAGUCGAGGAAGUUCGAUUAGAGGAUGUAGUAGCUGAAGUUAGUUCAAAUACAGAUUAUAGUCCUGCAAGUCAUAAUCGCAUUUCUACUUCAGAUACAGAUUCUAAUAUACAAAAGUCUACCGAAGAAGGUACACAGGUUUAUAUAUCCGAUAAUGUAUCAAGCGCACAAAGUGUUCAAACGCAACACGAUCAGUCAGAGUCAGAAUUAUCGACAAAAGUAGAUAAACAAUGUUCACAACCAGAAGAUAAAGAGUCUACAAAGGUAGACGCCAUAACGAGUUUUAAUAAUCCAUUUUCUAACCAAAAUGACAAACGUGAUACUGCAACUAACGAUGAUAUUAUAAUAGAAGAGCAAUCACAUCCAGCACCUUCUACUUCCGUACCAUUGCAACCGUUAUUAACACCACAACCAGUACCAUCGUCUAUGCAAGUACCAUCGACACCUUCUCUACAGAGAAGUACAGAUGCAUCUAAAAAUGUUGCAGAAACAUCCAGUAUGUCCGUUGCGUCUGUAGGCACCAUAACAAAUACUACGACAACACCAAAAUUAGUAGAACCAUGCAUACGCGAAGCAACAGUUCAAGGAGAUCCUGCUAAUGUUCCACAAGGCUAUCCUUACGCUCAGUAUCCAAGGUACUAUGAUUAUACUGAUCCAAGAUCACGAUCGUUGCCCAGUCCUUACGGGACAUAUUUUCCUGGUGUCCCGACUCACACAACUAAUCCUCGACUGCCUAUGGAUACAAAGUCACAAUCGGAUGCAGCAAAGCCUAUGGAAGAUCGGGCAAUGAUGAAUGUACCUACUGUAUAUUCUCAAGUACCUAGUACAACUGCCAAAACAUUAGGAAAUACAACUGAAUCUAAAGCUACAGAGCCAAUUGUUACGACAACAGUAGCUACUGUCUUAAGUAGAGAUGAAACACAUAUACCUACUGCAUUCAGUCAUCCCACGAGUACUCGUUAUCCUGGGCCUUAUCCACCUGGGCCGUAUGAUCCAUAUUCGCAACAUUAUCCUCCAGCUCCAGGAUCUACAGCUGCUUAUCCGCCAAGUGGAACACCAGGAUAUCCAGCAUACGGUGGACCAACGUACAACACCGAUUACGCUCGUAUGUACUCGGCAUUCCAUGGUCCACCUCCACCUGCAGAUCCAUAUAUGCAUAGGGGCUAUGCACCUCCUGCUUCUCACCCUCCUAAUUAUUAUCCACCCUUUCCCCAUCCUCCUCCACCUUAUCCAAAUUAUUCAUUUCUCUCGCCAUAUCCUAAUCCAAACAUGCCCAGCGAACCACAACCACCAGCUCAGUAGGACAUUCAAUUUAUAGCGUAAUUAUUUUAAUAAUUUCGUGGGAUGUCAUAUGUUACAUGGAUUUGAAGGCUGUCGGGUUUCAGAUUAAUAGCUUAAUAGACUGAAGCUGUAAAACGCAUCGAUGUAAAUAAUUAGUUACAAAAUAUUGUAUUAAGGAAUACAAUUGAUAAAAAGAAAAUUGUGUCUAAAGCACCAAUUCUAUAUCUUGAAAAGGGUGAAACAAUAAUUCGCCGUUAACUUUAAACUGUGCAAUUUGUUAAAAAUGUUCAAAAUACUUUAACCUUCAUACAAUUCUACGAUGCGUUUGUUUAACUAAUCUAUUAAUGUCUAUAAGGGUGUAAGUCACUCCUAUGUUUGAUCAUCUAUGAUUUUUCAUAAGAUUUUACGAUUAUUUAUACUUUAUAAUUUGAUAAUGUUGAUUUUUAAGCUUAUAUUAAUAUUAAAUAGAAAAGUUUUGAAAAACACAGGUAAUUUUCGAAUAUUUUUAAAGUACAAAGUGUCAAUUGUCAAUCGGUAAAUGACUAUAUUAUUUUACAGAAUUACCUGGUACUAUUAUGAUCAAACUUAUGAUCAAAUUAUUUUAAAGAAUUUCCUUUAUUAUAUUAUUACGUUUAUAAAAAAAAUUUGGCAAUUGUAAGGUUUUUUAAUAACAACAGACAUGUGUUAGAUUGUAAUUACUGAUGACACUAAAAAAUAGAAAUAUGUUUUCUUCAAAGAAGAAACAACAAUGAAAGAGAAAGGAACGCUGUAUACUAUCAGUUUGACAUUAUGCACAUACACACAUACACUCUAUGUAAAUCAUUUUCAUAUACUCCAUAUAUACAAAAACAAAUUUAUUCUCUGAACAAUAGUAUAUGCUAUU